CUGCGGCUAAGUUUCGGUUUCCAGUCUUCGGAAACGACACCGUACUUCCUGGACAAAGGCAGGCGGUGUCAGCCUCCUUGCCUUAGACGGCCGAAGGACACAGGGAACGAAGCAGGCCCGAGACCAUGGACUCCGAAAUACUGAAGUUCAUCUGCGACAAUCAAGGAGCAGUCGACACUAGUUAUUUGACGUGUAAUCUCGGCUCGGGCGAAGCUAUCAAUGACGUCAUCAGCAACCAGGAGAAAUUCGCUAUGUGUUGUCCCUUCGGGCAGCAGAAGGUGGUGGCCAGGACCGAGCUGAAGAUGUGCAAAGUCCGAGAUUGCGAUGGCUUCUUGUGCGGGCUUCACCUGUGUAAAAGGUUCCUCUUCACCGGAUCCUGUCUGGCCAAUCAUGGCAGGUUGGCAUUCAAAUUCUCCCAUCAGCUGGACUCUGAUCACAAUAUGCGGAUGCUGAAGUUGCAUGAGCUGGAGAGUCUCAACCUGACUCAGCUGCGCACGCUGCUGCUGCAGAAUGACAACUGGCUCCUGCCUUCCAUAUGCCACAAUUACAACAAUGGCGACGGGGAGUUCGGACGGUGUGGGGAUGGCCUUGGCUGCAAGAGAAUGCACAUCUGCGAGAAGUACAUGAACCGCGACUGCAGCUGUGUCAAGAACCAUGAUUUUAAUGCUCCCCAGCCACACAAGAACCUGGAGGAGAGAGGCGUACCUGACGACCUCAUUCCCUCUCUGAGGUCAGUUUAUGGGAAUAUAUUGGCUAUGAAGUACAAUGACAGAAAGGGCGAUAGGGGCAUGUCCUCCACUGUCAAUGAUGGAAGCGGCGACAAUGGUGGGAAUUCAGAGCAAAGGCAGGGGUACAGAGGGAGAGGUGGUUGCCGAGGCAACAGAGGCAACAGAGGCAACAGAGGCAACAGAGGUAACAGAGGCAACAGAGGUAGUAGAGGCAGCAGAGGCCAGAGAGGCUGCAGCGGAAACAGAGGAGACCAUGGCAACGAUCUACUGCGGCAGCAAACCUCUUCCCCCGAUGACAUUGGCGAUGACAUCGACUUUGACGUUUUGGAUCUGUACAGCGAAGAUGGACUGAAUGAAGUUCGGCAGCCGCUUGACUUCUUCGCCAGGAAAUUGUCAGACGAUGCUCAGAACAGAAAACAAAACCCAAAGAAUACCUCGACCGCAGCCAAAGGGAGCGGUGGACCACCGGGCAGCCAAGCCGGCUCCAGUGCCGACAUCCCGGGGGCCGUCAAGGACCAUGAGACAAAGGGUGCCAGCGCUCCGGGUGGACUGCAGAGGCCAAGACCCGUGAGAGAUAAAACUGAGAUAUGCUUGUACUUCGUCAAGGGACGCUGCAUACAUGAUGAUGAGCGCUGCUUUAAAGUGCACUUUAAGAUGCCGUACAAAUGGGAGGUCAGAGAGUUCGACAGGUGGACCGACCUGCCUGAUAAUGAGGCCAUCGAGAAGGACUACUGUGACCCUGCAAAAACAUACAGUGCCGGCAUCACACCGGUGCAUUUUGACACGAUGACCCGCGGAUCGGACAAAGUACGCCGACUCUCCACCGCAAACUCUUUGCUUGAGCCGACCUUCAUCCACACCACUGAGUGGCUUUGGUACUGGGAGGACGAGUUCGGGAAGUGGAACGUUUACGCUUCAGCACUACACACUGGUGCUGAUGGACGCAGUGUAGCGGACACGGACAGCGCCACACUGGAGCAGAAGUUCCUGAGCAAUGACAAAGAUGUGGUGAACUUCACCGCCGGUUCACAGUCCUACUCACUCAGCUUCCAGGACAUGAUGCAAACAAACACGCGCUACAACACUAAGAGGGUCGUGAAAAGACGGCCUAAGUUUGCUUCCGCAGUUGAUGUCCGAACACAGAGGCUGAGAAGGCCACUUGUUCAACCGGCUUUCAGCACCAUCCCCAACAACUGGGACAAGACGCAGAUUCCAGAAACAGGAUACAAGCGAGUGCCCCUGCUGCGCCUCUCGGAUGACUUUAAGGAGCUUGAGAGUCUUUUCCGUAAAACUAUGAGAGGCUUUGACAUUGUGAAAAUAGAGAGGAUCCAGAACAAAGCUCUUUGGGAUGUCUUUCAGUGGCAGAAGAAUCAAAUGAAAAACAACAACAACGGGAAAAAUGUGAGCGAAAAACAGCUUUUUCACGGCACUGACCCAAAGUACGUAGAUGGCAUCUGCCACACCAACUUUGACUGGAGGAUCUGUGGACUUAAUGGAACGGUGUUUGGCCAAGGAAGUUACUUUGCCCGGGACGCCAAGUACUCGCACUGCUACACCGGUGACUCUGACGUCCGCUCCAUGUUCGUCUCUCGGGUGCUGGUGGGAGACUACACCAAAGGGAACUCCAGCUACCGCCGACCUCCUUCCAAGGACGGAGGGGACAUAAACUUCUACCACAGCUGCGUGGACGACGUUUUGGACCCUUCGAUCUUUGUUGUGUUUGAGAAGUUCCAGAUUUACCCAGAGUACCUGCUGCAGUACAAGGCCGCGCACCCACUCGUUGACAGGUUGAGUGGCUACACGUCGGUACCGCCACCGAGAUCUUAUCAACCCACGGUGAGCACAGCCUCGCUCCGACCCAGCGCGUCAGUUUCUCCACCCAGCGCAGCCUCGUACCGACCCAGCGCGUCGGUUUCUCCACCCAGCGCAGCCUCGUACCGACCCAGCGCGUCAGUUUCUCCACCCAGCGCAGCCUCGCUCCGACCCAGCGCGUCAGUUCCUCCACUCAGCACACCCUCGUACGAUUUUAGCACAACAUCUUACCAACGGUCCAACAGUACAAGUAUUGCCCGAAAAUCGUCAUCACCUCCGUUAAAGAAAAACGAUAGCUGUGUCAUUGCUUAGGGAAAACGGCAAAAUGUCAAUUCAGCUCGAAGUAGGCAAGCCACUAUGCUAAAGCAACUCCGCUUUUAAAAGUCCAGAGACAUCCACUAACACUAAAUGGGAAGUUAAGCGGAUUUUCAGCACCCCGGUGUGGUUAUGUGAAUGUCAGGUGCCGGUAAAGCAGUCUAGAAGAGGCAGCAACAAGACGACACAAUUGCGAGCCUGUAAAAACAUAUUUUAAAGCGUUAUGAAAACAUGUAAUUGGGGUUUGUUUUGUUUGCAUUUACUGUGGAAUUUCACCUAUUGAGGUGGGAUUAAAAUAAAUGGAGGGAAAUUCAUUUGAAAUCCACACAUUUUCUCAGGAUUUUCCUCUUUUUUUUAAUCGCAACAUCAUUCAUAUACUCUAAUUAGGAAUACAUCCUUUAUAGUUCUUGUCACAGCCAGAGGUUCUGCUGCGUAACAGCAAACGGCGGCAACAUCCUGAUCGGCUUCGCAAAAUAGAAAUUGAAAUAAGGUUUUGUAGUGUACAUGUGGGCUGUUUGGAAGUUAAAUCACUUAUUAAACCACGUUGUGUUUUUCUUUCCAGUGUGACUAUAUACAGUGUUUUCCGAACCUUUUAAUUUUGUGCAUUAAAGGAAUGUAUAAUCAAUCAAUGAGUAAUUGUGUUACGAUGGAAAACUGCACACAGAAGCAACAUGCAGUCCUUUCUUUGUGCGUCUCAUCAGUGAAUCGAAAAGGCCGUCAGCGGUCGCGUUGAGCCUCUUAGUGAAAUGAGGCAGCGCAUGACAUUAGACGUACGGCCUUAACUUCUGACUUCUGUCAAUCAAUUGUCAAUGAAAUAUAGACGAGGUUUUGGCACAACCUGAUUGUGUAAUCAUCUAUUGUAUUGUUAGACCAAAAACAUUUGAAGUGAACCUUAAUUAUAUCGAUUUUAUUGUAAUGUACCUCAACCUAUUAACUUAAACUACUAUCUAAUUGGUAAAAGUUUCAUUGUUUUUGUUUUACUGUUUGGUCUUUCAAUUUGAAUGAAUUAUUAAAUUUAUGUUGCUUCAUUAUUUUCAUUUAAGUGCUUUUCACUACUACUGUCAGUUACUACUAACUCCUCCUGCACUAUGUAGUUUCUUACCGUCUCUUUAUAUACAUUUAUAUAUAUGCAAAUAAAUAUGUAAAUGUAUGAAAUACAA